AUGGGUUGGUUUUGGGCUGAUAAAAACGUAGGUAAACAAGGAGCUAAAUGUCCUGUUGAUCAUAAUUCAUUCAAAAAACAAGAAGCUUCGGAAAGUGCGUGUCCAAUAAAACACUCUCCUUUAGUAAGCGAAUGUCCUAUCAAGGAUAACGAUGAAGUCUUGAACCCUCUUAAUAACAUGCCAAUGGCCAUUUCAUCAGAAAAGGCACCGGGUCAGAAGAUAUCCUUAUCUACAGAGAGAACUAUUUCUUCUAUCCCUCGAGGCGAACUGGAUGACCAGGGGCUCUGGGAAUACCCAUCGCCACAACAAAUGUUGAAUGCGAUGUUAAAAAAAGGUAAAGGUCAGGGUAUUCCUGAAGAUGCAGUGGAGUCGAUGGUGGAUGUCCAUAACUUCUUGAAUGAAGGAGCUUGGCAGCAAAUCCUAGAAUGGGAACAAAAAUAUACCGAGGGGACGAAAAUAGAGCCAAGAUUGUUAAGAUUUACUGGAAGACCACAUGAUUUAUCUCCUAGGGCAUCGAUGUAUCUCUGGUUGGGGAAGAUCUUUCCCGAUACGUUCAAUACUCAACCACCAUUCGACAGACAUGACUGGACCGUGUUGAGGUCCUUGGGAAGGACUCAAGGUUGGGAACAAGUCAGAUACGUCAUUGAUUAUUAUGGUGCUCCAGAUGAUGAAGAAACAGGAAUGCCGGCAUUUAUCUUGGACACAAGACCUGCAUUGGAUAAUCCAACGAACGCAUAUGACAGAUUUACUCAUUGGUCUAAACCUCUCUGGAAAAGAGCAAUGGGUGAGUUUGACGAUUUGUAA